AUGCUGGUUCAUGUACAUCUAGAUGCUGUAGAGACGCGUAUGCGCGCUUUUGAGCAACACUAUCGUGAAUGGGCCGCAACCACUCCUGAGACCACCAAUGCUCUAAGGCGCCUCAGACUACCUGUCCCAGACAGUGUCGACUUUCCGACUGAUUCGGACAGGCUGGGCUCUCUCUUCCUAAUCAGUCCUAGUACGACAAAUGAUCCUUCGGCGCACGGGGCGCCUUCAACUUCCUCGUCCAGCACGGCAGGUGUAGCUAACUCACUUUUGGCAGGCUGGGCCCAGACAAACACAGGUCCUGGCCAUGUAAAUGGUCAAAGCUUGAGUCCUGCCCGAACUCAACAUUUUCCCGCUUCGGGCUUAGAAAGUUCUAACUUGACUUCCAGAGCUACGUUUUCAUCUGAUCGACAACUACUUUCUGCUAGGCAAGUAGUUAGUGGACGACUCAGCUUAUUGGUCGAUGGAUCAAGACAUCAACAACAGCAGCAGCAACAACAACUUGGUAUUGGCUUGCCUCCUACACCACAGGUUCAUAACCUUCCUUGUCAGCCACUUACUGCCGUUGUUAGCUAA